AAACGAUCAUGGUUAAGUAUUCACAAUCAUAUUCAAGUGGUUCGUUCGCGCGUUUGACUUCGAGUCCGAGAAGAAACGCGAUUUUUCCACUGCUCAUAUCUAGAGAAUCAAAUAGCCAUGCCUUUUUUACGGUUUCGAAAGCAGCUCGCCUUGGGUAUUACACUGAUUUUGAUACCUUUAGUCAGUGCUGACUACCAGGCAAACAUGUUUCUGAAUGGCCAGUACCGAAACGGCAUCAAGGACCAACAAGAAACACAACAUUCAUUAAAACCCUCAUCGAAUGUGUUUCUUAACCACGCCAUCAUCAGCCGACAAGCGUCCCCAUUCCAGGGACCCACCUAUCUGCCACCGAAGGAGUAUUUAAAGUGCGACCUCGGCCAGGAAUGCGUUUCCCGUGGUCAGUGCCUGAACGGAUUCUUUACUCGAAAGUUUCCAAGAAUACAAAACUGUGAGCCGGAAACCAAUACAUGCUGCACCUACCAGGAGCCACCCAUCACUACAAUAAGCACUGCUGUGCCCUUUGCAUCCUGUCCCCGCGACUCGGACUGUGUGGCCCUAGAAAACUGUCGCAACGGUGAAAUAAGUGCCAUAACUUACGUAAAGAAGCAAGAAUCCAUACGCUGCUAUGCUCCUUAUGUUUGCUGCCGCAUGCCUUCGACAACGCUGACCGAAGAUGGAUAUAUCUUAAGCCUUCCAAGCAAAACCUUCCCGCUACCGUCGAAUCCAACGAUUCCAGCAGUACGCACCACUUCGCCGAUGCACCGUUUAGAGCUCACGAUGGUGGUACCAGCCACCCGCCCUGGUAAUAAUUAUCUACCACCUUCGACCACCCUGCGACCUGUUCAUACGACCGGGCAACACGUUCACCAGCCGCUACGCUCAAAGCCGACUCGCAAGCCCACAAGCGAGUACUUACCACCAAUGUCCGCCAACGAGGUCACGUCGUUUGAAUCCGACCGCGUUCCGCAGCCUUCAAACGAGAUGCCGAUCUACCGCGGCGAGGAUCAACUGUCUCCCCAGAUCUUUCCCAUACCCCAGACAGCUAAGAAGCUGAAAAACUUCGCCAAAUGCGCCUCCGCUCUCGUGUGCACUUCCGAGAAUUUUUGCAACGCCAUCGGAGUGCUCACCGAGUCCGCCGUGGAGUUGACUCCCAUAGAAACCGCUUUCCGAGUUCCUCUCACUGACUGCCUGCAGGACGAAAAUGGCACCCCCGGCAAGUGUUGCCGUGACCCGAACUAUGUAGACCCCUGGCCUGUUAACUUGGCUGGAGUUUGCGCGACAAGGAACAAGCGGACAAAACCUACAGGAGUCAAGGAUUUGGAUGCGAACUUUGCCGAGAUCUCUUGGCAGGCCAUGAUCUUGCGCGAGUCGAGCAAGACACUUAUCUGCGGCGGAGCUAUAAUCGGAGACGAGUUCGUUUUGACGUCCGCCAGUUGCGUAAAUGGACUGCCCAUGACCGACAUACGCGUUAAGGCCGGUGAGUGGGAGCUGGGCAGCACAAACGAGCCUCUUCCUUUCCAGCUGACUGGCGUCAAAACUAUCGACGUCCACCCCGCAUACGAUCCCUCGACCAACGCUCACGAUAUUGCCAUCAUUCGUCUCGAGAGACGCUUGGAGUUUGCCACCCACAUCCAACCUAUUUGCAUUAGCGAUGAGGACCCAAAGGCCACUGAACACUGCAUCACUUCCGGCUGGGGAAAGCAAGCAUUAUUGAUUCACGAAGAGGGCGCUGUAAUGCACGUAACCGAUACCUUUGUGAUGGGCCGUAGUGAGUGCCGUGCCGAUGCCAGCAGCGUGUGCAGUGCUACCAAGUUUGACGCCUGCCAGUUUGAUGUGGGUAGCGCUCUGGCCUGUGGCAGCGGUUCAAAUAUUCGCCUUAAGGGAAUUUUCGCCGGUGAGAACUCUUGCGGGGACGGGCAGACAGUCCGAUUUGCCAAGCCGGACAUAAAGUGGAUCAACACGGCCUUUGCAGACAAGAAUAAGCCGCUCCUUCUCAAGCGAUUUUAAAAAAGAUUUAAGCGACGAAGAAGACACAUUUUUAUAGCCGUAAAUACAACAGAUCCAGGUUUCUUCUCUUGCGUUUUAUUUAAAUACAUAUAUUCAUGUAUGUACAUUGGGCGGACUUUUUGUAUACAUUUUUUAAUUCAUACUUUCACACCUUUAUAUAUUUUUUUUGGGUUUUAAAGAUUAUAAAGCAAAUUCAAUAUUAGUCUAGAUGAUAUAGACUUGUAUUUAAGCUCUAAAUUGGUUUAUAAAAUCGGAAUCCCUUAAAACAAAAUCCUGCUUAAAAACAAGAAAGAACGCACUUGUCGAGUCCCUCGACUAUUUUAAAAUCACAUACUUUAGGUUGGAGACGUUUUCUUCUACUCUACGAGUAACGAGUAUACAAAUAUUAAUAACCGUGAUCACCUUAACUUACAUUUAAAAAAUUAUAGCUUCUAUUUGAGAGUUCCUUUACGCUUACACUGCUCUUAAUGUUCUAAAUUCCACAAAACUCCUUACAGCUUUAAUAAUUUUGGUCCAAACAACUUUACGCACUAGGAACUUAUAAAGUAAACUAUUUUUUAUUUCCGUUCUUCGAACAGAUACAAAAAGUUCACAAAUUAAGUAAGGGAAGUAAAAUUUUUAGAUGGUGUGUGAGUCAUGUUUCUGAUAAUUCUUGGCCAUUGCGCAUCUCCUAACUUUAAAACAACUUUUGCUUUUGCAUUAAUUUAUUUUGUUCAUAAAAGUACCAUUUUAGAUGGUAGGCCUAUUUGACCUAAAAAAGUCUACUUUAAUGUACAUACAUACAUAUGAAUGUAGGUCGAAUUCAGAUUUAUAGUUAAUACACAAUGCAAGAUGUAAAAUAUUUAAUUACGUAUAAAUCAUGUAUAAAUUCUAUAAAUAAUUUUGUAACCGUCAACUAAAAGUAAAAAUAACGUUUAUGUAGUGAAUUAUUUAUUAGUUUUAAAAUGCUCACUUUUCUGGCAUAUACACGUACGCAUGGUAACCCUACACUUGCCAUCCGCUUGCAUCACCCACAGCACCCACUCAACGAAUGGCAAUUUAAACUUAAUUUGCGAUCUUUUUCCUCUUAUAUAUGUAUGUAUUAUAAAAAUAAAAAUAAGUUUGGAUAAAAUGGACGCUUAAAGUA